UAAUUUAUAUAUACAGUAUGUAUAGAAUGUUUGACUACAUUGUUUGUUGAUGAAAGUGCAAAUAUAAAUCAAAUUUACUAAUGAAUUUUCCUUUAUCUAUAACCCGUUUUAUUCAUUUUAUUGGAGGAAAAAGCUCUCUUUGCCACCCGUUAACUUUUGCUAUAUCCAUCCUGAUUUUAAUUAAUAUAAAAAACCAAGUUCUAUCUGUGAAAUUAAAGAGUGUGACGAAGGGAAACUGCAAAUCUUUAAUAAAUUUAAUAAAACGGAUUAUAUAGAUGGAUGGAAAGUUUGUUAGCUUGAUCAUCAAUAAUUAAUGUUAGACAAACAGUCUACACACUUGUCAUAAUUCAAAAUCUCCAGGGUUACUUCAAUUUCUCUGUUUAGUAGGACUGCAAAUAUGAUAAAAACAUAUACAAUAUGACAAGAGAUGUUCGAUCUACUUUCUAAACAAGAAUUUAUUCUGAAUCUAACUUGAAAGAGUUUUUUUUAAAUUUAACUUUUUUUUUGUUUAUUUGUUUUUGGUUUAAAUAGGCCUAUUUAUUGUUUUGUAAGUGUAGUAACCUAUAAUACAGAAACUUGUAAAAGAAACAGAAACGAAGAAAGUGAUCACCAGAAAUUUAUUUAUAACACCCACUUUCUGUGUUCAACAUAUUUAUAAAGUAAAUGGAUAUUAUGGUAUUACAUCUACCUGCUCACAACAAAAAUUUAUAUUCUAUAUUUUGACCCUCACUACAAGUCAUGUGACAUGUCUUCUACAAGUCCUUAUCACGUUACCUUCACAGGAAUGCGAAGCUGAACAUUGGGCAAUACCUAUAUCGGGAAUCGCCGCGUCGAGUAUUAGGAACGAUUGAUUAGUUAUCUGUUGGACUCACCAACAAGCAUCAUGGAGACUUGGUCACAAGCGAAGCGAAAACGCUUAAGCAAAAUGGUAGGGGAUGAUACUGAAGCUGAAACCUCGGAGAAAAGCAUCGCCUCUCCACAUCAUGCCAGUGAAAUAAGAAUAGGAAAAUGGAAGAUCAAUAAAGUCAUACUCAGUACCCAUUUCAACAUCUUUUUGUAUGCAACAUGCUUCUGGAUCCAGAUAGGCACAUUACCUUACCUGACAAAGAAGCUUGGAGUGGAUCCAGUGUUUUUUGGGUAUCUUCAGACGACCUUUGCCGUUGUACAGCUAUGUGGUGGACCGGUGUUUGGCAGAUUUGGGGACAUGUUUGGGGGAAGAGCAGCCAUGGCCUUAGCAUUUGCCUCAGCGUCAGCCUCCUACUUGGUCCUGGGAUUAGCCAAUACUUUCUUUUUACUGUUCUUGUCACGACUUCCGUCCAUCUUUAUGCAUGCUAUGCAAGGUGGACAAAUGAUUGUAACAGAUCUAGGAGAGGAGGGACAGAGAGCUGAUGCCCUGGGCAAACUGGGCUUAUCCUAUGGAGUGGGCAUGGUACUGGGCCCAUUCAUCGGGGGAUUAGUGACCAAGUACUUCAGUGAACAGACUGCUGCGUUUGUGGCUUGUACUGGUUCCCUCCUCAGUAUAGGUAUCGUGUGGGCGUUUGUGCCACAGAGAACAAAGAAGAUCCAGGUCAAAGAGACUUCAGGGUCAGGGGUAUUCAAUGUGAAGAAGAUUCUGUCUUUAGCGAUGGCUCCGGGAGCUACGUUCCUGCUGUUCAUCAGAAUGCUUGCAGGGCUACCUAUUGGUGUUUUCCAAAGCAUGUUUUCAGUCGUUGCCUUGGAAACCUUCAAACUACCAGCAGAACAAAAUGGAUAUUUAUUAUCCUAUGUUGGAAUUUUAACUAUGAUUGUACAGGGUCUUGGAAUUGGAUUUGUAACCAAAAAAUACUCAGAAAAUGACAUUCUGAAAUGGUCUUCAUUUCUCCUGGUGUGGUCAUACUUGGCACUUGCGUUUGUGACGGAUGUAUUCCAGCUGUGUGUAGUAAUGGCACCGCUAGUAGUGGGGCUGGCCUCCUCUAAUAUUGUAGUCAGUAGCGCCCUCACAAAGACUGUGUCCGAUGAAGAUACAGGAGCAAUGCUAGGAUUGAACAUGGCAGUGAAUUCGCUGAUUCGGUCAAUAUCCCCAACUGUAGGGGGGUAUCUACUUAAGGCGUACGGCUUUCAGUCGUUUGGAUACCUAGGCUUUAUAAUGCUCACUAUUUCAACUAUUAUUUUAUUUAUAAAACUGAGACAAUGAUGUUGAUAGGGAUCCUAUUUUUAAUGCAUUCCAUUUGAUUUCUUUUUUCCUGAUGUUUACAAAUGGUUUUUGUUGGUAAUUUUGUCUUUGAUUUUAUAUAUUCAUUACCUCUUUUUAUAUUGGGUAUUUGUAUUUGGGAAAUCUGAAUGGAAUUGAGUGAAGGGACUUGAUCAAUGGGCACUGUGUCUUUUUUAUUUUAUGAUAAGGUGUUACAUUUAUUUAUUAAAGAGAUUUUUUAUUACACAUGGAGAGAAAAAAAUGAUGUCGACUUGCAGCAUGCAAUUAGUGAUUGUAAGAAUGUGUCCAAUUUACACAAGGAAGUAAGACUGAAAAUAAGUUCUGCAAUUUAAUAAAAAUUGCUCCUCUUUUCAAGUUUUAAGUUAUGGCAGUUCUUGAGAAAUGAAGAAGAUGAGCAAAUAAUUCCAUACUUACACAAAUUUUAAACACUGAUGGAAACAUUUUUUAGCAAUUAAAAAUCCUGAUCUUAGCCUUUAAGAUGUUUUGUAAAUUGGACCCAUGGUAUGUAUUUGUUGAAAAGCUCUGCUGAUGAAAAGAUGAUUGGUUUUGUGUAAAAAAAAAAAAAAAAAAAUAAUAAUAAUAAUAAGAUUGAGCGAAAAUAAUCUUAAUUGUUUUGAAUGAAAACAAAAAUUAAUGAAGAGUUAUAUUGUCAUCAAUUGUCAUGAAUCCACCCAUUAUGACACUUCAAUACAAUGUUUACUAAAUCUUUGAGAAAUUUUAUAAGGUAGCAAUAUAAGAUCUCACUCAGGUGCGAACUAGUAUCAUCACUGUAUUUUAAAAUCAAUAAAUAUUGUCAUUAAUUAUGGAUGCAAUAAAGAAUUUUUGUAUGCAUUUUUUUUUUCAGACAAUUUUUCCCCACAUUGGAUCAUUUUUUUUAUAAACCAGAACAUUGUACAUGUAUUUAAAGAAGAGUGCUUCAGUGGUUUCCUUGUUUUGAGAAAUUAUUGAAUAAAUGUUAAUACACAUA